AUGGUUGACCACGACCAAUGCGCCCAUGCAGCUGCUAUCCUCACAGAAACAGCAGAGCUGAAGCAAAUUGCUGACCGGACCCAGGGAUUGCCUCCCAGGGAUCUAUUCAUCCGGUUCAUGAGUUCGGUUGAAGACCUUGCAGCAAAGGUGCGCGACCGCACCAGCAACAAUGGUAGUGAAGACCAUGACGGCCAGAAAAAGGUGCUCGAACAAAUCCAAACCAUGCUUGAUAAGUAG